AAAAAGCGCUAAAUAGACAACGUUAUUUAUUUUGCUAUGUUAUUAUUGGUAUUUUGUGCGAUAUAAAUAAAUGUAUCUGCAUAUAGCGAUUUUAGAUAAAGGUUGGAGUUAAUCGUCGAGAAAUAUGUUAAAAUUGCUUCUCAAUAACUAUAGUCGCAGCCAGUGUCUGUUGCAUCAACUGCCAAGAUUUCAAACUGCUUCAAGUGAAUACAUAGUGCGCUUAAAAAAUUUUAACAAAAUUUUUGGGAAAUCAAAGCCGAAUGUGACAAUAAGUUCAACCACAACUGCCAAAAAUGCAUUAAGAUUAAGAACUUUUCUCUGCGGCGCUGGAGCAGUGACAAUUGGCUUAAGUAGCCGUAGUCUCUUACAAUGCAGCUUUCGGCAUGUUAAAUGUGAAGGCAACCGCUUGACCGGUAUCUUUCAAAACACGCUGCAACCAGAUGAAGGAAAAUUUGAUUGGAAACGUUUCUGGUCGUAUCUUCUUCCAUAUAUGUGGGAGUUGUUAGCUGCUGUUGCUGCUGCGCUCGUUGUGGCCUACAUUAAUAUACGAAUUCCAAGUUUGCUGGGCGAUGUUAUCAAUGUAUUGGCACGCUACGCAAAUACGUACGUGAAAGAUCCUCUUAGCAAUUCUUUUUUCAAGGAUGUUGGAAAACCUGCUUCAAAUUUACUCAGUUUGUAUUUAAUGCAAUCAGGUUUCACUUUUUUAUACAUAUACCUCUUAAGUCGGAUCGGUGAACAAAUGGCCGCUCAUCUACGUCAAGAUCUCUUCAAACAGAUUAUUAUUCAAGACAUCGAGUUCUUCGACAAAAAUCGCACUGGCGAAUUAGUGAAUCGUCUCACCGCUGACGUACACGAUUUCAAGUCAUCCGUAAAACAAUUUAUAUCCCAGGGCCUCCGCAGUGCCGCUCAACUACUAGGAGGUAGUAUUUCUUUAUUCUUAAUAUCGCCUCACAUGGCGGCUAUAGCAUUAGCAGCAGUUCCAGCUGUAGUCAUGUGCAUGACAUAUCUUGGCAGGAAACUUCGUCAUUUAAGCAAAAGCUCGCAAGCUCAAUCCGAACGUGCCACUUCAGUUUGCGAGGAGGCCUUGUCGAAUGUGCGCGCGGUUCGUUCGAAUGCUUGUGAAUAUCGGGAGAUGGAGCUUUUUAUAAGCGAAACCAACGAAGCUGCUCGACUGGCUCAAGAGCUAGGCUAUGGUAUUGCAAUCUUCCAAGGAUUAACGAAUUUCUUUUUGAAUGGUUUGGUGCUAUCAACACUUUUUCUGGGUGGCCAUCUUAUGUCCACUGAGAGCAUGUCGCCUGGUGCAUUAAUGGCUUUUCUAGUGGCAGCACAAGGUGUGCAAAGGUCGUUAGCUCAGGGUUCAAUUUUAUUAGGCACAAUGAUACGCGGAAUGACCGCCGGUUCAAGGAUUUUUGAGUACCUCCAAAUAGAACCAAAAGUAGAACUUUUACGUGGCUACGAAAUUCCUCCUGAACGUCUCUAUGGAGAAAUUCGCUUUGAAAAUAUUUACUUUUCCUAUCCUACUAGACCAGAUCACGUUGUUUUAAAAAAUUUCAGUCUAACACUAAAACCUGGUGAAACUGUUGCUCUAGUUGGGGCGAGUGGUUCUGGUAAAUCGACCAUAGCAGCGUUGAUGGAACGUUUCUAUGAACCUACAGCAGGAAAUAUCAAAAUUGACGGAUAUAAACUGGCCGAUAUUUCGCCUCAGUGGUUGAGAAGCAAUGCCAUAGGUUUUAUCGAGCAGCAACCAGUUCUCUUUGCGACGACAAUAUUGGAAAACAUUCGAUACGGACGUCCGGCAGCCGACGAAUCGGAGAUAUAUGAAGUCUCCAAGCAAUCACAAUCCCAUGAUUUUGUUUCGUCUUUACCCGAUGGAUACGACACGAAUGUCGGCGAACGUGGUACGCAAUUAAGCGGCGGUCAACGGCAACGUAUUGCAAUAGCACGCGCUUUGUUAAAAAAUCCGAAAAUAUUAAUACUUGACGAAGCCACCAGUGCUCUAGACGCCACAAGUGAAGCUGAAGUUCAAAAAGCUCUUGAUAAUGCCGUUUUAAAUCGAACUACAUUAGUAAUUGCGCAUCGUUUAUCAACGAUAAGAAAUGCCGAUCUGAUUGUUGUAUUAGAUCACGGACGGAUAGUGGAGUCGGGCAAACACGAUGAAUUAAUGGCCAAACGGGGCCUUUACUACGACCUGGUCCGCCAACAAGAAAAACACGAUCACAAUGUAACAAACGAAACGAAAACGGCUGAUAAUAGCCAUAACACAAAUGCCCAAACCCGAUCCCAAGGUUAAGUUCAUUAAGAGUGAAUGCAUAUAAAGGGAUCAUGUAUUUAUUAUUAGUUAUGAAUUUGAUGUUCAUAAUCUGUUUUUUUACACAUCGGUAGUCAGAUUUUUAUCAUUAAGUUAAAUGGGAGAGAGAAAGAGAGAGAGAGAAGAAAUAUGAAUUGUAUAUACAAUGUUAUGUAUAAUGGAAUAUACGAUUGAAAAUGAAAUAAAUGAAAUAAACAUAUAAAAAA